UGAUUUUAAUAUUUUAUUACGAAAAGUCGAUAAGUGGUAAUUAUUCUUAAAUUCUUAAUAUAUUUUUGUGUUGUAAAACCAAUUGAAUGUGCAAAGUUUGAUAUUCGAGUUGACCAUAGUAACUUAAACCCAUACAAUAAUUGUACUGUUGUACAUACAGUUAUUCAUAGUAUAUAAGAAAUAUAUACUUGAUCUAAAUUCUAAAUAGUCUCAAUACAGCUAUCGUAGUUCCUACAUCCCAAUUAUUAAUUGGAGUUUUGGUUUAAUUUUUGUAAAAAUAAUCUUCUAAAGAUUUUGAAAUGCUAAAUGCAUGCAAAAUUGUAUAAUAGUCUGAAAUCGCAGGGAUGAAGGGGAAAAAGGAACAGGAAUCAGAAACAACCGAGAAUGUAUGUCGUGAUUUCAUGCGCAAUGUGUGCAAUAGAGGCAAAUCUUGCAAAUUUUUUCAUCCUCCUGUCGAAGAGGAUAAGCGCAAAUAUGUAUUUUGCCAUGACUUUCAAAAUGGCAAGUGUAGUCGACACGACUGCCGGUUCAUUCAUUGUUCUCGUGAGGAUGAGGAGUAUUAUAAUCGGACCGGACGCAUGGCACCAGAAGUGUUGAGGACGAUUGAAAUAACUGGUGCGCCUCCUUCUGAUGAUAUACCUAUUUGUAAAGAUUAUUUAAAAGGCAAUUGCCAUCGUAGCCAAGCUCAUUGUAAAUUUCGUCAUGUAGAUCAACCGCUUGAUGUACCUGUUAGAGGUCCUAAUGGUCCUUUCAAUUCACCCCAGCCAGCGAUGCCACCUAACUUCGGUAAUGAGUUGUUCCGCAGACGCUUUGAUUUCGAUGAAGAGCCCGAUCCCAAGCGUAGGCGCUACGAAUUUGACAACAGAAUGCCGCUAGGGCGCCCAUUCCCCAAUCGCGACAUGGACUUUUCCGCGCCACCUGGGCCUGUGCAUCAACAGCCAUAUUGGUUGUUGCAAGAUGAGGUGGAAAUGUUGCGCAAGCGUGUGGCUGAGUUGAAAAAGCGCAAUGAGGAAUUGCAAGCGACUAAUGAAUUCUUGUUGGAGCAAAACGCACAGCUGCGCAUAAAUGAACAAGCGCCCCUGCGCAGCACCCAGCAAAUGGUGAGCGCUAUACGCACCGUGACCACAGUCCCAGUCAGCUUGGCGGCGGUGGCUGCGGCCGGCACACCCGUGUCCAUAGCUACCGUCUCCAUGGCUCCAAUUCAGAUACCACCUGUUGUAUCUGGGUCUGGCCCGCCGCCCCUGCCGCAGCCAACUAACUCGCAGCCUUUGGUAUCUUAUCCUAUUGGCAGAUCGACAUCGGCCCAACACUAUAUCCAACCUUUAUGAACAGUGGAAAUGGAAACGUUGCUAAUAAGAAUUUGACAUUAACAAAACAAAGAAUGUACAAUAUAUGUUUCAAUAAUAGAAUGUAAGAAACCAUUUUUUAUACAAUUUGAGUACCACGGUAUUUUUGACGGUGGAAAGUAAAAUCUCUUAAUCGUGAAAUGUAUAAAUUUAAUAAAAAAUCUCUUACUUCAUCACUAAUUUAAUGUUUCAUUUCUUAAAGCUAUUUGAAUUUUUAUUAUAAAUGUCAGCAUUUGUGUUCUGAUUAAUAACACUCUUUUAAUUGCUAUUAACCUGUACAAAUUAGACGUUUAUAACAUUUU